AUGGUAGAGCACCAAAACAAAAUUGAGAAAGUCCAAAAAUUUGCAAUAAGACAGGUACCAGAGACGAAAGAUAUAAGCUUAGAUAGGCGAAGUGAAUUAAAGCCAACAACACUGGAAAAAAAAAAAGACGAGGACGAUGUAUCCUUAACUUACACUGUGCACCACAACCAGAGUCGUCUCGUUGAUGGUGCACAUAACCAGGAUCAUCUGAUUGAUGGUGCACACCACAACCAGGGUCGUCUGAUUGAUGGUGCACACCACAACCAGGGUCGUCCGAUUGAUGGUGCACACCACAACCAGGGUCGUCUCAUUGAUGGGGCACACCACAACCAGGGUCGUCUCAUUGAUGGGGCACACCACAACCAGGGUCGUCUCAUUGAUGGUGCACACCACAACCAGGGUCGUCUCAUUGAUGGGGCACACCACAACCAGGGUCGUCUCAUUGAUGGGGCACACCACGACCAGGGUCGUCUCAUUGAUGGUGCACACCACAACCAGGGUCGUCUCAUUGAUGGGGCACACCACAACCAGGGUCGUCUCAUUGAUGGGGCACACCACAACAAGGGUCGUCUCAUUGAUGGUGCACACCACAACCAGGGUCGUCUCAUUGAUGGGGCACACCACAACCAGGGUCGUCUCAUUGAUGGUGCACACCACAACCAGGGUCGUCUCAUUGAUGGUGCACACCACAACCAGGGUCGUCUCAUUGAUGGUGCACAACACAACCAGGGUCGUCUAUCAAAAUUUUGA